UGGGGACAUCCUGGCUCGGGCGUUUUCCUUUGGAGGCGGCGCCUCCAAAUGGGACUCGUGGGUAAUUUGCAAGAGGAGGCUGCCGCGCUGGUGGAGGUACUCGGCGAGCGCCUCUACCAGGCUACCGUGGCGGCCUCCACAAAUGUCCAAAAAUCUAAAGAAGCCUGCUCUUUUGUUGUUCUUACAAGGUCUCUCUUCUCCAAGUCCAAGAAAAUGGAUCUCUACUCCACGAUGAAGUGCUGGGGAUUCAAGCCAAAUGCCUUGAAGGCUUGUGCCGCUCUGGCAGCUCUCUCUCGAGGAUGGAUUGCUUGGAUCGGGCCAACGGCAGUGUAUUGGACCAAACCUCUUCGUCUCGUAGAAAUGUCCCAAGUUGGUGAUGGGGAGCGGCUCUCGAGGCUUUGUGAGAACUUUCACCGCCGCUUGCACGCGAGAAGAUGAAACUGAAAUCGAGGGGGUCUCAGCAUGAAAACUUAAUAAUUUAUUAAAUAAUUAGGUUUAAUAAUA